CCUUCACCCCGCCGGUCUCCCCGCCACUGAAGGGAGCCGGGUGCGCGCUGUCGCAAUCUGAUCCCCAUCCUGGCCGGCCCCCGUAAGACCCGACCCGCAUCCCGACGAGCCUCCUCCCUGUCCGUCCGGGCGUCUGCGGCGCGGGCUCCGCGGGGCGAAGGAGGCGGGCGGCCCGGGCUCCUGAAGGUUACCGGGUGCAUGAGCGCCUAGCCUCCCGCGCUGCCCCGCCCGCCGGCCCGCCGGCCCGCCCGCCGGCUCGUCCGCCCGCCCCUCGGCGCCCGGCGGCGGCGGCGGCGGCGGCGACGGCCACAGGAGGCGCCGUCUUCUUCCCAGGUGCGCGCCUCGCCCCCGGAGCAGCCGCGGAACUCGGCGGCCGCCAUGGCGUCCAACAUGGACCGGGAGAUGAUCCUGGCGGAUUUUCAGGCAUGUACUGGCAUUGAAAACAUUGAUGAAGCUAUUACAUUGCUUGAACAAAAUAAUUGGGACUUAGUGGCAGCUAUCAAUGGUGUAAUACCCCAGGAAAAUGGCAUUCUACAAAGUGACUAUGGAAGUGAAACUAUAUCAGGACCUGCAUUUGAUCCAGCAAGUCACCCAGCUCCAGCUCCUGCUCCCUCUUCCUCUUCGGCAUUUCGACCUGUACUGCCAAUUAGGCAAAUUGUAGAAAGACAACCUCGGAUGCUGGACUUCAGGGUUGAAUACAGAGACAGAAAUGUUGAUGUGGUACUUGAAGACAGCUGUACUGUUGGAGAGAUUAAACAGAUUCUAGAAAAUGAACUCCAGAUACCUGUGUCUAAAAUGCUGUUAAAAGGCUGGAAGACUGGAGAUGUGGAAGACAGUACGGUCUUAAAAUCACUACAUUUGCCAAAAAACAACUGUCUCUAUGUUCUUACACCAGACUUACCACCACCUUCAUCAUCUAGUCAUUCUAGUGCCCUGCAGGAGUCAUUAAAUCAAAACUUCAUGCUGAUCAUCACCCACCGAGAAGUCCAGCGGGAGUAUAACCUGAACUUCUCAGGAAGCAGUACCAUUCAAGAGGUAAAAAGAAAUGUGUAUGACCUUACGAGUAUCCCCGUACGCCAUCAGUUAUGGGAGGGUUGGCCAGCUUCUGCCACAGAUGAUUCAAACCUCUUUAUCAAACUUAAAUUGAGGAACCAGCUUGAGAUGUGUCUUGCUGAAUCGGGGCUCUCUUAUCCCUGCCAUCGACUGACAGUGGGAAGGAGAUCUUCACCUACACAGACCCGGGAGCAGUCCGAGGAGCAAAGCACCGAUGUUCAUAUGGUUAGUGAUAGUGAUGGAGAUGACUUCGAAGAUGCUCCUGAAUUUGGGGUGGAUGAUGGAGAAGUAUUCGGCAUGGCGUCAACUGCCCUGAGAAAAUCUCCAAUGAUGCCAGAAAACGCAGAAAAUGAAGGAGAUGCCUUAUUACAAUUUACAGCAGAGUUUUCCUCAAGAUAUGGAGACUGCCAUCCUGUAUUUUUUAUUGGCUCAUUAGAAGCUGCUUUUCAAGAGGCCUUCUAUGUGAAAGCCCGAGAUAGAAAGCUUCUUGCUAUCUACCUCCACCAUGAUGAAAGUGUAUUAACCAACGUGUUCUGCUCACAGAUGCUAUGUGCUGAAUCUGUUGUCUCUUAUCUGAGUCAAAAUUAUAUAACCUGGGCUUGGGAUCUGACAAAGGACGCCAAUAGAGCAAGAUUCCUGACCAUGUGCAAUAGACACUUUGGCAGUGUUGUUGCACAAACUAUUCGGACUCAAAAAACAGACCAGUUUCCACUUUUUCUGAUUAUUAUGGGAAAGCGAUCAUCUAAUGAAGUAUUAAAUGUGAUACAAGGUAACACAACAGUGGAUGAAUUAAUGAUGAGACUCAUAGCAGCAAUGGAGAUCUUUUCAGCCCAACAACAGGAGGAUAUAAAGGAUGAGGAUGAACGUGAAGCAAGAGAAAAUGUGAAGAGAGAGCAAGAUGAGGCCUAUCGCCUUUCACUCGAGGCUGACAGAGCAAAAAGGGAAGCUCAUGAGAGAGAGAUGGCAGAACAGUCUCGUUUGGAGCAGAUUCGAAAAGAACAAGAAGAGGAACGUGAGGCCAUUCGGCUCUCCUUAGAGCAGGCCCUGCCUCCAGAGCCAAAAGAAGAUGCUGAGCCUGUGAGCAAACUGCGGAUUCGCACCCCCAGCGGAGAGUUCCUCGAGAGGCGUUUUCUGGCCAGCAAUAAGCUCCAGAUUGUCUUUGAUUUUGUAACUUCCAAAGGAUUUCCAUGGAAUGAGUUCAAGUUACUGAGUACCUUUCCUAGGAGAGACAUUUCCCAGCUGUCCAACUACUUACUAAACCGAGCACUGGGGAACAACCAGCAGCAUAGCCUAUGGCAGACAUGGGCCUUCCCUAGAAAAUCUGAUGGUCAGGAUGCUGGGAACAUUGAGCUGUUUGUUUGUUUUUGUUAAUUUCUCCAUUUUGCUAAUAACUGUUACCAAGAGAAGUGUAGCAUUCACUUCCAGAGUUUGGUCAUUGAGCUCUGCCUCUUGGAUAUGUUAGAGCCAUGUGAACAUCAGUGGCCUAUCUGCCUUCCCCAGGCAUUAUAAGGGAGUUGGUAGUGAAGCAGCUGAGUCCUAAACACUGAGGAAUGGCCCUGACCCCACUACUCACCAUGCCUAGGAGCCAGAGUAAGAAGCCCCUGCUGCCCCCCAGUUGCCCUCUAGACACACAGUGGUCCGGGGACAUUCAGUGUGGGUUUUUCAGUAUCCCCCAACCAACUCCUUUCCCACCCAUCCCCUUCUUCUUUCCAAUCCUGUUUUACCCUUUUUAUACUCUUCUUCAUUCCACUCUUUGCUCCUCGUUUUUCUAACCCACAAUUCUUUCCCUCCCUGCCUUCUCUUGGUUUUUUUCUUUCCUCUAUUCGUAUCUGUGUCACUCAGAGACGCCCCACCUGCAUGGAAAGUGAGAUCUUUGUGUAUAAAAUGCAGGUAAAUGGGAAAGGAGGGUGGUGAUGGCAGGAUGCUUCGGAUCUGUGACCUGUGCACCUUGUGACCCAUGUAAUUACACAGCCCCUGUUUUUGUCUCAAAAACAUUCUUCCUUUAUAUCUACUAGUAUAGCUAUGAAGCCAAGUAGAAAAACAUAUACUCAGAAAUGUGAUACUCAGCAUUUUAGGUGUAUUCUAAAAUAAAGAACUGAAUGUACUGGUAUUUAUUUUUUCCCAAGCUAAGGAAACUAACACGUAGGUGUUUUCUUUCUCCCUCUCAGGAGAGUUCGUAUAAAUAAGCUUUUGGCAGGGUUUUCAAAGAGUAGACCCUCAUUAAGGGUUGUUUAAAUGAAGUGGAGGAAAGCCUUACAAACUUAUGGUAUAUAUCUGCCUUUAUUACACUAAGCACUAACCUCAAUAUGGGGAACACGGUGCUGAAAAUACAUGGUUCUUACCCUUGUAGAACUUAUAGUCUGUAUCUAGAAGCUACUGCGGAUGACAUUUUACUUCACUGAUAAUACAAGGAUAUUUUAUUUGCUAGAAUAUAUAAAUAGUUUAAUUUACAUUUCAUUCAUGUAUUUGUUCUUUUAUAUAUAGCAAGGUAUUUGCUGAGUAACCACUCUGCCAGCCUCCAUACCAGACACUAAUGGUAAAGAAAUAAAAGAAAUUGUUACUGACCUUGAAGAGUUCACAUUCUGGUUAAAACACACAUCUGAAAUAAACGCAUUCCAAAUUGUACUCAGAAGAAUAGGUAAUUUCAGUCUGCAGUGACAAGGGAAGGCAUUACAAAGGAAAUGAAGCCUUGCACAGAGAGAUGGUGAUUAGGUUGAAACACAAACGCAUAGUUAAAAGUUUGAGUCAUGCUCUGGCCAGUGUGACUCGGUUGGUUGAGCGGUGUCCUAAGCACCGAAAGGUUGCCAGUUAGGUUUGGUGAUUCCCUAGCAAAACUUACAGUAUUUGACAUAUAAUAAUACUCACAGCUAUGAUUUAUUACAGCAAAAGGAUACAACACAAAAUUAGCACGGAGAAAAGGCACAUGAGGUAAAGACCAGGGGAAACCAGCCACAAGCUUCCAAGAGUCCUCUCCCAGUGGAAUCACACCGGAUGAGCUUAAUUCCCCCAGCAAUGACUUGAGACAAUACAUGUGAAAUAUUGCCAAGCAAGGAAGCUUUUUAGGGACUCAGUACCCAAGAUUUUUAUUUGAAGCUGAUCAUGUAGGUACCCUUUGACUGGCACAUACCAAAAUUCCAGAAUUCCAGAAGGAAAGCAAUUGUUAAGCAGAAACUAUAAAUACUUUAAAAACAAAAACAAAAAAAGACAUGAAAUGACAUGAAAUGUUAUUAAGUGAAAAUCAGUUUAGGCUUAAUGAGCCACUCUUACCAGUUCUGGGAAAGGUAGAACCCCUCCCCGCCCUCCAAACCCAAGUUCACAAAUGCCAGCCAAGGACCAACAAGCAAGCCUUUCAAGAGAAUGGCUGUUAGGCAUACUAUUUUGACACAUAUAGUUUUAUUUUUUAAGAUAUUCACAUCUCAGAUUCACUUCUGGGAUUUACUACUGGAAAUGUAAAUGGAACUCUGUAAACUGGGGAACUUCUAAGCAUUUGAUUUUGCCUCUCACCCUGGCUCAUAACAUAACUGAGUUCUGUAAUGAAAGGUAAAUGUACCUUCAGAAAAAUAUUAAUAAGCACCCAUUAACCUUGUAUUCUCAAAGGAGACUUUCAAGAAAUCCUGAGGGAAACACAAUCCCUGGAUAUGGUCAUUUCUUAGUUUCUAAAGUGCCAACAUCUUCUAUGUAAAUUUGCUCCGAAUCUGCUUUGUUCUGCUCAGAUUUUCUGCAGUUGUCCUUGAGACCACAGCCACUUUUCCUCACAGAGGGAGAAUGCUUUCUUAGACUGGCUACUUAAAAUAAAGGGGAAAUUGUUGGUAUUUAUUUUUCCUUGCUUGUCUUAAGCAAAUAUAAAUCAACACUGUAAGAAUGAUUUAUUUAAUAUAAUACUACCUGCUCUUUCGAUCACAUUUCGUAGGCAUUGUAGCCUGAAACAAUAGCAAACAUAGGCUAUGGAAUCCAAUGGACCUGACUUUGAAUUCUGAAUCAGCUCUUCAUAGAGUGAUCUUAGAGAAAUUACUUAAUCUCUCGGUAAAAUGAAAGUAACAAUACCUACUUCAAAGGCUUGUGAACAUUAAAUGAAAGAAUGAAUGUGAAAUGUUUAAUACAUACAACAUUUAGCAUAGUAAGAAUUUAAUAAUUGUAACUGGUAUGAUGGCAAUAGUGAUUAUUUCUCUCCCCAUCCCCACUUCCUCCUUCCUCUCCUGUUUUGUUUUGUUUUGUUUUAAUAGGACAAAGAAAUCAAAUAUUAACUGUUUAGAAACUACUAGCUUUCAAGUAAGGAUAUCAAACAGUGUGCCUUACAUGCCUGAAAACAAAAAGGUUCAGGGUGGUUUUCAACUAGAAAUAUUAAAAGUUUUUUAGCAACUUGGAAACCAGUAAAGCUUCACAGAAGAAACAGAGUUUGAACUAUUUUUUUAAAGGAAUAGUAAAAAACUACUCGGCAAUAAAAAGGAAUGAACUCAA